CACAGCUGGCUCUCACCACACACAAUCAACUGAAGAGCAUGAGCAGCUUCUGGCGGGGAUUGGCGCGGCCUCUGUACUGCGUGGCGCCCAUGGCGAACGUCACAGACGCAGCCUUCCGCAGCCUCAUCAGUGAGAUCGCCAAGCCGUCAGUUAUGUGGACCGAGUUCGUCAGCUGUGAGGCUCUGACGCACGACCCGAAUUCGCGCCGUCGCAUGAUGACCACGCUCAAGUAUGCGGAACAGGAGCGGCCCGUGGUGGCGCAACUCUUCGGCUCUAAGCCCGAGCAGUUUUACGAGUCAGCGAUGAUCGUGCGCGACCUGGGUUUCGACGGUAUCGACAUUAACAUGGGGUGCCCCGAGACCAACGUGAAUAACCAAGGCAGCGGCGCCGCGCUGAUCUUGCAACCAGACUUGGCGGUGAACAUUGUGGCUGCGUGCAAACGCGGCGCGGGGGACUUGCCAGUAUCUAUUAAGACGCGCAUCGGCUUCCACCACAUCGACUACAAGGACUGGGUAUUGCGGUUAUUAGGGACAGAUCCAGAGGUGCUCACUAUUCAUGGACGAACGCGCGAUGAAAUGUCCAAGGUUCCGGCACACUGGGAUGUAAUCGGAGAGGUUGUGACCCUGGCUAAAUCCACAGGAUCUCCGGCGCUGAUUCUUGGCAACGGAGACGUCGGAAGUCUGGUUGAGGCACAGCAAAAAGUCAACGACUACGGAGUUGACGGUGUUAUGCUUGGUCGCGCGCUAUUUGGUAAUCCGUGGCUUUUUCAGGGCUAUCCGGAUACGUCUCAUGUGUCUGUGAAAGAGAAGCUGAAGGUGAUCCGGCGCCACACGCAGCUCUUUCAGGAGUUAUUGGCCGACCCGGGCCUCGUUGGAUUCCCUCGCAUGAAGAAAUUUUAUGGCUCGUACCUGAAAGGCGUGCCAAAUGCGCGACAGCUACGCGAGCGUAUGUCGCGCACUCAAACAUCACAAGACGUGUACACUAUCAUCGAUGAAGCUCUCGAGUACUUGGCCAUCCAGGAACUAGAAGAGCAAUCUACUGCAGGAUAACGUUGCGGGAAAACGAUGCAGUCUAUUGUAUGGUAUAUUGUGUUGCUCUCCACCUCUGCUUAGCUGCAACUUGCUUCUUCAGCCUGCUGCUGGACAAGUUCGUCCUCAACGCGCGCGUCGAGCACUUCGUCUGGAAGCACCUUCAUGGCGUUUUCGAUCAUCUCGCGCAGCUCAGGUCGUGGGCCCUUCUUCGCCCAUUGCGCUGAAAUCUCGCGCUUGAACGCCUUGCCGCCAAACUCACCACUGGGAUGCAGUAAUUCACGUUAGUUGGUCUGUGUGUCAUAGCAACUCGAAGAUGAAGAAAAAGAACAUGAUUCUUUUACGUACUUGAA